UAUUUUAAAGAAAAAAAAAAUUAAAGAAAAAAAAUAAUAUCAAAAAUAAAAAUGUCCCAUCGUAAAUUCGAAGCCCCCAGAAGAGGUUCCUUAGGAUUCAGACCUAGAAGAAGAACUAGACAUCACAGAGGUAGAUGCAGAGCUUUUCCCAGAGAUGAUGCUUCCAAGAAAUCCCACUUGACCGCCUUCACCGGAUUCAAGGCAGGUAUGACCCACAUAUUAAGAGAUGUUGAAAGACCUGGUUCUAAAAACCACAAGAAGGAAGUAGUUGAAGCCGUUACCGUUAUUGAAUGUCCUCCUAUGACUGUUGUAGGUUUAGUUGGUUAUAUUAAUACUCCUAGAGGUUUAAGAGCUUUAUGUACUGUCUGGACUAAAACUUUAGAUAAGAACACUAAAAGAAGAUUCUAUAAAAACUGGACUAAUUCCAAGAAAAAAGCCUUCACUAAACACGAGACUAAUUUCAAUUAAAAAGAAUAAGAUAUCCUUAUUAAUAGAAUCAAAAAAUACUGCACUGUAGUUAGAGUUAUUGCCCAUACCAAUAUGAACAAACUUAAUUUCAGAUAAAAGAAAAACCACAUUUUGGAAAUCUAAGUUAAUGGUGGCACAGUUGCUUAAAAAGUUGAAUUCGCUAAAGGUUUAUUCGAAAAAGAAGUUACAGUCGAUUAAUUAUUCUAAGAAAAUGAAAUGAUUGACGUUAUUGGUGUAACUAAAGGUAAAGGAUUUGCCGGCGUCGUUAAAAGAUUUGGUGUAAAACACUUAUAAAAAAAAACACACAGAGGUUACAGAAAAGUAGGUUGUAUUGGAGCUUGGCAUCCUUCCAGAAUUAGAUUCACAGUAGCCAGAGCUGGUUAAUUAGGAUAUCACCACAGAACUGAAAUUAAUAAAAAAGUCUACAGAGUAGGAAAAGGAGAUUAAAAAAAUAACGCUUCUACAUAAGGAGAUCUUACUGAUAAAUAAAUCACUCCUUUGGGAGGUUUCCCUCACUAUGGUGUCGUUAAAAACGAUUUCAUUAUGAUUAAAGGAUGUUGCGUUGGACCCAAGAAAAGACCUCUUGUACUUAGAAAGAGUUUACUUACUAACACUAAAGGAGCUGCUAAAGAAUAAAUCAAUCUUAAGUUUAUUGAUACUUCAUCCAAAUUAGGACAUGGUAGAUUCUAAACCUAAGAUGAAAAAGCUAAAUUCUACGGAAGAUUAGAAGAAAAGGCUGUUGCUAAAUGAUUUAAACACGUUUAUAUAUAUUUUAAUAAGUAUAUUUUUGCAAGUUUAAUUUUUUUAAAAUAUUUAAAUUUAAAAUUACAUUUUUUUUUGUAAUUUAUAUAUAUUUAAAUAUAAAAAUAAGAAUAGAUUAUA